AUGCGGAAGCAGCUUAUGAAGGUAAAUGGCGAUAUCUUCAGGGAAAAAAUCAAUCAGAUAAGUGAAGCUGUCGACUAUGUCGACAAGAAAAAUGAAGAAUGGCUGCGGCUAAUAAGAAGUCCAGACAAUCCAGAUGUAAAAGCUGAUGAUGCUGAAUAUGACUCAAUGCUCAAAGAUGAGAAUGACGGCCUCGUCUGGGUCUUGGAUCGUGCAAAGGAAGCGCUCGCAUCUCUCGAAGCUUUAUAUCAAGAGGUUUUACGGGCAUUAGCUAAAACUCCUGGCUCACAGCAUCCAUCACUUAUUUCGAAGCAAAGCAAAGUGUUCGCACCAAACCAGCAAGGUACGGACCGAAGCUUUUCUCCAGGAAGAAUAUCGAACGUUUCACAUAGUCCAGAUCAGGUUCAGCGUUUUAUGCACGCCGUGGUAGCAGCAAGUACAGUUUCACAAAACUCAGGAAGCAGUAAUAGACGUACUCCUCAAGCUCAAAUUACUGUACUUAUGUGCAAAAUAAUUUGGGUGGCAAAUCCACAGGAUCCAGAUAAGAAAAUCGAAGCUGCAGUUUUCUUUGAUUCGGGAUGCCAGCGCUCAUUCAUAACGGAAGAGUUGGCAGAGCAACUAAUCAGCGCUGUGCGCAGGCCAAUUUUUAUAGCCACAUUUGCAGAAAUGCAAUCGAAAGUUUACGAUUCGAGAGAGGUCAGAGUUAAUCUUGUAUUAAAAAGUGUCCAAAAUGCAAUAACAGCGUGCACUAUGCAGUUUUUGGCGCAAAAAUUGUUGAUAGCACAAAUAAGCGAUAGAGAAGGUCAACAGCUGAAACAGGCGAAUCUAAAUGUUAUUCAGUCAGCGAUCGUUUGUAAGAAGCCACAAAUUGUAGUAGAUCUGGAAUACUACUUCAGUUUUAUAAAGGGACGUCAUACAGUACUGAACCCCGAAUUUCAACUUAUUGAUUCAGCCGUAGGAUGGAUGAUAGCAGGGGAAGGUGCAGUAAAUAACAUUACUAUGAAAACAAAAAAGGUACUUGCUCAAACUGCCAUCAUCGUCAACACAGUGCUGGAUGAACAGCCAGAUCUGGAAAAUGGAAUAACUGAAAAGGUUGAAGACGCGGUGAUUAUACCACUUAGAAACACCACCAAGCUAAGGGUAGUUUUCGACGCUUCAGCGAAGACUCCUCAUGAAAAAUCACUAAACGAUGAACUCCUUAAAGGGCCGACUAUUCUGCCGGAGUCAUGUGGUAUCUUACUUCGAUUUCGACAAGCGCGUAUCAUUCUCUUAACUGACGUCGAAAAAGCUUUUCACCAGAUUGAUCUGCACUAA